UAUGGUAAAUGAAAUUUGUUUUUGAUUGUCUUUCUAAAUUUUUUGUUUUAACAUUUGUAAAUUGUGACUUAGUGUUUAUUUUUUAUUAUUAGAUACAGUUGUAUUGCAAGAUUUUUAAAACUAGCAAUUUAUUUAAUGUAGCAUUAUAUUACUUACUUACUUACUUAAUCCUGUGUACUCCCAGGAGAGCAUAGGGCCGCAACCACACCUCUCCACUGAACUCGGUUCUGAGCAGCUUUCUUCAUCUGCUCCCAUGUCAUUCCAGUACCCUCAGCUUCACUGAUGACUGACCUCUUCCAGGUUUGCUUGGGUCUGCCCACUUUCCUCUUUCCUUGUGGGUUCCAGUCAAAUGCCUGGUAGCUGGUUUUCGCAGGGUGUGUCCUAUCCAGCUUCAUUUUCGUUUUGUGAUGUCUUGAGCUAUGGGCUUUUGUCUAGUUCUCUCCCACAAAUCGAUAGUAGUUAGUAGCAUUAUAUUAAGUAUAUCAAUAAUUUCCUUUUUUUAUAUUAAAAGUUAGUUGUUUUUUUAGAUUAUAGUCUUUUAAUGCAGACAAGACUAUAGGUAAUGGUAAAUUUAUUUUAAACAAGCUUUAAUGUUUCACCUUUAUCCAACUGCAGCUUUAAUUUUUGUAAUUUUUUUCUGUUGUGUAAGAGAUUGCAUUUUAAAUUUCAGUACAUCAGUGAACAAAUGUAAUGGAUGUGACACAGAUGGAAACAUUCAUGUUUUUUUCCAUUGGCAUUUCCUUUAUUGUUGCUUGUCAAAGAAAACAAGACUUGCCAUUAACUACACAAACGAUUAAAAAUGUCACAGCAACUUCUGCUACGGUAGAUGACAAUAUCAGUGUGUUUCCAAUAACAUUAGCUCCAUCUCAACUAGAUCACUAUGAGCUGACUCUGAUGAAUUCAGGGCCUGUUGUAAUUGACUCAGCAAUUACUUUUAUGACUCAUUUAAGUAAAACUAACUUCAGCCAAGAAUCUGAAACAAAACUAUUUAUUUUUCAGUGGUUGAACAUGGCUGAUGCUCAGAAAUUACAAACUGUUAAUGCCUCUACCUCUGAGGUCUCAAUAACGUUUGAUAAUCAUAAAGUUUUACCUGGGGAAUAUACAAUGACUGUAGCAGCAUUUCCAAUUAAUGAUUCAGCCAAGAUGGUUGCCUACAAAACAACAAAGUUUGUUUUAACAGAAAAAUUGAAUGGGGAUUUAAUCUUAAAACAACACCUGGAUUACCAGAGAUACCCUGCAGUAUUUUCUACUAAAGAGAUUCUAACAGCAGCAGGAGACUUGCAUGACAUAUUCCUUGGUUACAGAAAAGAAAGCUUUAAUUAUUGCUGGUACAAAAAUGGAUUAUUAAUUUCACCUGAAAAAAUCUUAAGAUACAAUGUGACCAAGUCAGAGAGUUUUACCUUGACUUUAUUCAUUGGGCUAAAUUUUAAUUCAAGCCCCAAAAGUAACUUUUGUAAUGACAGUCUUACAAGGUCAAGGCAACUAGCAGAGGUGGAUAAUAUGAAAAGUUAUAAACUGUCAAAGUAUAAUGCUGCAGAUGUGAAAUGUGUUUUUUCUAAAUGUGGAAAAUUUGAGCAAUUUCUAAUUUUGAAAAAUGCUUUACAUUCCUGUGAUAUCAGAAGAGUUGGAUUUGAAUCUUGGGACAAGGGAAUAGCUCUAGGCAAACCAACUGUCUUUAACAUCACAUGUUUAGGAAGCUCACCUUCUGCUGUUUGUUUUAAUAUUACUGCUGUGAACAGUUCAGUUCCAAGCUCAAAUGUAUGUUCACCACAAGUCUUUUUGAACACUCUAAAUCACCUGGAAACAAUCCAUCUCUUUAAUGUCAGUUGGAUUGAUGUUCAUGUUUUCAUCUAUAAUGAUGUUAGUCGCAUUCAUUUAGUGGAAACAUUUUACAUAUAUGAUUCAGAUGCCCAAAAUUUGCCAGCAUUAGUAUUUCCAAUUGUAUUUGGAAUUUUUGGAAUACUUGUUAUUUUAGUUGGAGUUGCUUACAUAAUGAAAAUACGCAAAAAGCCUUAUGUGGAAGUUGCUGAUUUUGAUUUUCAUCCUGGUUUAACAGAAAAUCAGCCAAAUGGAAACAGUAAAUUAUCUGUUAUUUUCAACACAAUCAAAAACUUAUUUUCAAGAAAUAAACAUGUUUCUAACCAAAGAACUUCUAAGAAUGAUGAUUCAACCAGACCACUGAGAAGAGAAUCCAAUUGUUAUGAUAGUUUAUAAUUUUAUUUAAUCUUGGAAGUCAACUAAUAUUUUAUGAUAGGCUUUAUGUUGACUUUGAAGAAGAAUCACUCUGGUGGAUCAAAUUAAUAUUUUUUAAUGUGGAGUUUAAUGUUGCCAUUCAACUUGCCAAACAAGUUUAAACUUCCCUAAUUUGGCUAACCAAAGUUGUUGAAAUACAUUAACAAUUCAUUAUCAGGAAAUGUGAUAUUUUUUCCAUUAUUAUUUUUAUACACUUUGUCACUACUUUAUAACCCUAAGGAAGUGUAUAUAGCAUACUGUGCUCAACUUUAAGACAUUAAUUCAUACUUUAAGCCUAAAAACAUAUUGCAUGUAUAUAUUUUUUACAAAGAAUAUUCAGGUUGAUUUCUUUCACUUUAAUUUCAAAGAUAAUUUUUGUAAAUUGUGAUAUUUAUUCCAUUUUUUAACAAAACAAUUUCAUAAUGCAAAUAAUAAAAUUUGAUCCUUUGACUAAAGCUGGUGAGUAAACAAAGACUUUACUGUAGAUUUUAAAAUGAGAACAUAAGUGUUGACAUCCUAUAUGAAACUCAAAAUGAAGGUUCUAAAAGCUCUAACUCCUCUUUCAAAAGCCUGCAAUAAAAGAAAACACUGCUGUAGCAUAUGCGUUUCCAUGUAGUUAAAAAUUGUAUGGUUUUCUUGUUAUUGGUAUUCAGCAAGCCUGGGUCAGGCUCAAAGAAAAGGAGACUUUUUCUUCUUACAGUCUAAAGUCAACUAAUAUUUUAUGAUAGGCUUUAUGUUGACUUUGAAGAAGAAUCACUCUGGUGAUUCAAAUUAAUAUUUUUUAAUCUGGAGUAAUGUUGCCAUUUAACAAUUUUUAAUUUUGGCCUGAACCAUGUAUAAUAGGAAUCAGUAGGGCAGUGGACGACUGUAACUUGUUUAGGUUUAGAUAGCCUCCAUCAUGACCAGGUUUGGUCAGGGCACCAAUACUCUAUACUGUUUUUUUUUUUGGGGGGGGGGGGGGGGGGGGGGAAUUAUUCCAGCACUCAAACCACUUAUUUUUUUAUUUUUUUUAAGCUCAUUUAAACUAACAGUAUCGCCAAAUUCAAUUUUUGUUAGCGUUUUAAAAAUGCUAAUCAUUUCAGUGUUGGCAAAUGUUAGUGAGGCCAUGUUCAGUGUAUCAAGUGCAUUGAAAAUGAAAUGUAACUUUAUGAAAACAAAUACUAUGAUGAUUCAUGAAAUUUUUUUAAACAUACAAGGACAAAAAUUUAUAACUAAGUUUCAGAAUAUAAACUCAACAAAAUUUUGAGUUCAAAUGGUUUCAAUUCUUUCUGAGUUACACAAGUCCAACCUCAUUUUUCAGAUUGAACAUUCGAAAAAGAAAUCCAAGAUUAAUUAGUUGGAAAAUUAGUUGCAAUAAUCAAAUAUUUCACUAUGAAAUACAAUGACAAACACAGUAUGGAAAAUAAAAUGCUUAAAAACAAAUAGUUUUCAUUGUUUUAAAAAAACAAAAAGAGCUCAGUUUAAUUAAUUCUCAGAAAGUGUUUUAGCUGUUGAAAGUGCAAGUUAGUUUUUUAAUUCUUUAAAGAAUUAUGUCUAUUCAGCUGUUGUAAUAUCCUAAAAAAAUGUUAUUUUUGUAGUUAAUGUAUGCAUUUUCAAAAUGUUUUCAUAUUAAUGUUUAAAAUUUUCAUUGCCAUAUGAUUGAUUUAGCUACCUUUCUAGUAGACUUCUAUUUCUAGCCAGCUUGUGGUUGCUGAGUUGUAGGCUCUUUACAGUCUGUGCCUGUUUUUUUCAGUUGUUCAGCACUGCCAUACUGAGUAUUGGUUAUGUUGGACUGUAGUAGUAGUAGGGUCUGCUUACGGUGCAUUAAAAUGGGACAUUCAAAGAGUAUUCUAGUUAACAAUGUGAUACUUAUUGUUGUAUGUAAAACAGAAUGUAAGCUACAAUAGUUUCACACAUUUUUUACCCUGAAUAGCUUUAGCACACAUACAAUUUGUGACAUAAAAUGAAACUGGGUAGAAUAGGCACAAUAAUGUUUUUUGUUAAUAUGAUGAAGUGAAAACUUCUAAGAGUAAUUACACUGAUAUUCUAUUUGCCUGUAUUUUAUGGCAUAUGUUGUUACUGAUUACAUUUAAUUUCAUCUAAGUUGUUAGAAGUUACUGACACCAUUUCAUUUGUGAAUUUCAAAUUUAAUAUUUUGCACACACACAUUUACAUAUUAAUUUUUUUUAAAACUAAGAAACAGGACAUUUGCAAUGAGACAGUGGGUGGCAAUUCUCCACAGCCACAAUACAAAAGAUCCACAAUUGUUUUAGUCAGUCUUUCCAUCACACUUAGAUCUUGAAAACAAAAAGUGCUCUUAAAUUUUUCAUAGCAUUCAUUAUGUUUGAAUAGGUUUAAGGGCUACUUUUGGUACUCUAAAAUUUUAACAGCUGUAUUGGAUCUAAAUUAUUUACAAUUAAAAAAGAAAUGACAAAGAUCUUCCCUCAACAUAUGCUAAUGAUUAAGCUAAUGUUUGUGAAUAUGAUAUGGCCAACUAAGAUUUCUUGAAAGGUACAUCUAAACAAAUUUGAAAGUUGAGCAGGAUGAAUAUAGACUUGUUUUUCUUAUAAAUUACUUGUUAAUUUGUUGUUUUUAGAUUGCUGUCUACCAUUAAUAUAAUACAACGAUUAAAGCCUUUGGGGAAGAGUUGUGUCAAUAUUUUGUGACAACAGCAAAAAUAUUUCUAACAAAUUCCAGUUUGUUAAUAUUUGCAAAUAUAUUUCAGCUCAUAACAGCAUUAGGUUUCUCCCCUUUUAGUUUAUUCUAGGAAAUAUGGAUUACUCAUUCUCCAAGCAUUGGAGCUGAUUUUUGAUAGAACCUUGUUGAAACCCAAAUCCAUGCACUAUAAUUGUGCCCUGCACAUUCCAAUAUUUUAGUCUCACUCAUUUAAAACGGUAACGCUUGAACACAAUGUAAAUAUAUAAUAUCUGUUGUCUAUAGAGUUCAGCUGCAGGAAUGUCAGACUGAAAGGUUUUAAUGUAAAUACAACAUUGUUGCAACAAUUAACUUUUGAAUGUGCAAUGCUCUCUUUUGUAUUUUUGAUAUUAUUGAUUCAGCUGUAGAGAUAUCAGACUGAACACAUCAAUGUUAUUGUUUUGUUUUUGUUAAAUAAGGUAAACUUUUCUACCUAAUCCAAUUAUACAAAUUGUUUUAUAUAAA